AUGUCACCAGCUGUUACCGACAUCUUUACACUCUCACACAACUCCAAGCUGCCAGACCUGCUGGAGGCCAACGAAAAGUGGAGCGAGGGAAUGACCGAGCAACACCCAUGUCUGUUCCGCGAUUUCAACGCGCACGGCCAGGCGCCCCACACGCUAUUCAUCGGAUGCUCCGACUCGCGCUACAACGAGGAGUGCCUGGGGGUGAUCCCAGGUGAGGUUUUCACGUGGAAAACGAUCGCGAACCUCGUGCGCAGUGACGACCCCACGUGCCGCGCAACCCUGGAAUUCGCUAUUAACGUGCUCAAGGUCAACAAAGUGGUGCUGUGCGGUCACACCGACUGCGGGGGCAUCAAGACGUGUCUGACGCACCAAAGGGAAGCGCUCGACAACCCAGAGUGCGGUCACUUGUACUCUUAUCUCCAGGACGUGGACGACUUGUUCCACGAGCACAAACAAGAGGUAUUCGCAGCCACAGACGACUUGCAGUUGCAAAGCCGCAUGCUUUCUGUGCUGAACGUGCAGCGCCAAUUCAAGCGCCUGGUGGCCAUCGACACCGUGCAGAAGGCGGUGGCUCGCGGCGAGAUCGAGGUGUACGGCCUUUUGUACGACGUGGCCACGGGUCUGGUCGAGCAGGUGCCGGGCGCGGUGGAGAAAUAG